AUGGAGACAGUUACCUGGUCAUCUCGAAGUGAAAACGAAGAAAUCGAUGAAGAAGGUAAAAGCGACAUUUAUCUGCACGGUGUACCAAUUCCUCCUCAAAUUCUCGCAGAAAUUUUAGUCAGAGUUGAUGGUCGUCGUGAUGUUGGUUAUAUAUGUCCUUUGGUUUGUCGUCGAUGGUACAAUGUUUUAUCUGCUCCGGGUUUCUGGAUCAGUUAUAUGAUAUACCGAUCAAUGGAUUUGCCUCCCAGCUUCUUACGAAAUGAGCCUUCACUCAAUGUCAAAAAAGUUUCUCUUCAACAAGCUUUCGGGCGCAAUUUGAUCAGCAAUCCUAGUGGUGACGAUGGUUAUCAAAACUGGGAGAUAUAUGAAGAUGGCGGUGAUGAAUUCGGAAUCGAGAAACCACCAGUAGGCUGUAUAGCACUGGAAGAAAUACCGGUUGCAUUUGUGACAAGCUAUGAUUGGUGUAGUAAAUUUCAAAUCAUUGAUUUGUGGAAGGAAGGAAUUGAGCGUGCUUUUUUGGAUGAAUUUUGUCCACCAAUCACCGUUUCGGAGUAUCAUACAGGUCGUUUCGAUUGCGCAUCGAUUUAUUUAUUGGAAGUACAAUUGCUUCCUGAUGGAUCUAUACCUCUGCCACAUAGAAUAACGCCAGGAUUUCUUUUUUAUACUCGGCAUCCUCGUCUUCCUCAACAACAUGAUAGAUUACAACAUGGUCUGCCACAAGAUGAUGAAACAACCGAUACUUCAAUAACUCGAAUUCGCAUGUUGGACGUCUUAGAAAUUGAGUGGCAAAAGAUUGAACAUACAUUUUCGAAUUAUCCUAAAGGCAUUCGUUACGUAUUAUUUCGGCACAGUGGAAAAGAUCAGCAAUUUUGGGCUGGACAUUAUGGUUCAAAAAUGGCUAAAGCUUCAGUUAUUGUAAAUUACGGUAAUGGAAAACGAAGGUCUAUACUCUGA